AUGGCAACCAAACCCGUCGUCCUGAUUCUCGGAGCAGGGCCCAGGAUCGGAGCCUCGGUGGCGGACAAAUUCGCCGGCGACGGCUACCAGGUCGUGGUUGCGUCGAGGAAGGGCACCGGCACCAAGACUCCUCAAGGCAUCCUUUCCCUCAAGGCCGACUUCGCCUCGCCCGACUCGAUCCCGGCACUGUUCGACGCGGUCAAGACCGAAUUCCACUCCGCCCCCAGCGUUGUCAUCUACAACGCAGCGGCGCUCACCAGCCCGCCCAACAAGGACUCUCUUUUCUCCCUUCCGGCCGAGAAUGUCACCUCGGACUUGAAUGUCAACACGGUCAGCCCGUACGUGGCCGCACAGCAGGCGGUCCGUGCAUGGGAAACAUGGCCCACGGAGACCAAGAAAACGUUCAUCUACACCGGCAACAUCAUGAACGUCUCCAUCGUGCCAGUGCCACUGAUGCUCGACCUGGGCAUGGGGAAGUCGGCGUCGGCAUUCUGGAUCGGUCUGGCCGCCGCCACGUACUCGGCCCGUGGGUAUCGGUUCUUUUAUGCCGAUGAACGCCACCUAGACGGCAAGUUCAAAGGGAUGGCGCUCGACGGCGCUGCGCAUGGCGAGUUCUAUGCACAGUUGGCCCGCCACGAGGGGAAUGUGCCAUGGCAUGCCACCUUUGUCAAGGACAAGGGUUAUGUUCAAUUCAAGUGA